AUGACUCCACUUACAGCCAAGAUCUCAGCAAUCCUUACUGCGAAAAGCAAUGCCACGCUAUUGCACCUCUGCUUGCGCGAAGGCGAUUCAGCUUGGCACCAGAGCGAAACCAAGCUGAUCUUGAAAGAUCAACGAGGCGACCCCUUGCCCUGCAACCUCAGAGCUUAUGGUUUGCUCAUGGCGGACAACGUGCUCAUACAUAAUCACACCUAUCACAUCCAUGGUCCGGUGGGGGUAGAUCCCAAUAGCGGCGCUUUCAUUAAGCACAGCUGCAUCACCCAGACUUUGGUGGCGACUGUACCACCUCAACAAGGCGAUCUGGCUGCAAAAGCCUGGAUCAAUUCGACCGGGAAGGUUCUGAGAGUUGUUUGGGACAACGUCAGUGAAGAAGGUGAAUGGCACCUAACUGUUCAAGCAGAGCAUGAAAUCUUCAACCCGGAUUUAUCCGAGAUGGAAGACAUCCAAGUCAAUACCAUGAUGACUUUCGAAGGGCUCGUCAUUUCCAAAGAUCAGGAAAAUAAUGAACUCAUUGUUCAAGUGCUUAGCCAUGGUUUCGUCGCCUAG